UUCUCGGUGCCCGAGGCUCGUCCAGCAUCGCCCUACCGACUACCACACUGCAAUAAUUACCCGUCGCGAAUCUCGCUCCACCAAUCGAGACACGAGUCUCGCUGGGCUUCCUUCGCAUCGCCACCCUUCACAUCGCUUCGUGAGGACCGUCGCCUCAUCCGCGCGUCGUUGCGUUGUCCCCCAAGUCCCGCGAUACUAUCGAACGAGAGUCAACAACUGCUAUUGCAGGGCGGAGCCGAUAAAGGCACAACAGACAUCAGCCAUGGCGAACUCAAGCCCUCAGAAUGUUAUUCGCAGGAAGCUUGUCAUCAUUGGUGACGGAGCCUGCGGAAAGACAUCACUGUUGAGUGUGUUUACACUUGGUUAUUUUCCAACACACUAUGUUCCCACUGUGUUCGAAAACUACGUAACAGAUUGCAGAGUCGAUGGCAAGUCGGUACAGCUGGCGCUGUGGGAUACUGCGGGGCAGGAAGACUAUGAGCGGCUGCGGCCAUUGGCUUAUGCCAAAGCUCACGUUAUUCUCAUCGGAUUCUCGGUGGAUUCCCCAGAUUCGCUGGACAAUGUCAAGCACAAGUGGAUAGAAGAGGCCAACGAGAGAUGCCCCGGCGUUCCCAUUAUCCUAGUCGGCUUGAAGAAGGAUCUUCGUGAUGACCCGGUAGCGAUAGAGGAAAUGCGGAAGAAGAGCCUCAAGUUUGUCACAGAUCGCCAAGGGUCAGCCGCCGCAACAGAGAUCGGUGCUCGCAAGUACCUUGAAUGCAGCAGUCUGAGCGGCGAGGGCGUUGACGAUGUCUUUGAAGCUGCCACGCGGGCUGCACUACUGACAUUUGAGAAAGGCGAGAGUGCAGGCUGCUGCGUCAUCUUAUAAACAGGUGCCUGCCAUUUCGCAUUGUUCUCGAAGAGAACGAAGCCUGCGAAACCAUUACCCGCCACUCGAGACCAGCCGUCUCCCCGAUGGCUCAAAGGCGGA